AUGACUGUUCCAAACUUCGAUCACCCCAUUGAAACUCCUCCACGAGCCCCUUCUCCAGUUCAUCGAUUUGGUACUCUAGCAGUCCAUGCUGGUUCCCCCCACGAUCCUGUCACCGGUGCUGUCAUCGAAGCCAUCUCCCUCUCCACAACCUUCGCACAAACCGCCGUCGGAAAACCUGUGGGCGCAUACGAAUACAGCAGAAGCUCCAACCCCAAUCGCGACAACUUCGAAAAGGCUGUCGCAGCUCUCGAACACGCAAAAUAUGCUCUAGCUUUCUCUUCUGGCUCUGCUACUACUGCCACCAUUUUGCAGUCUUUAGCUGCCGGCUCGCAUGUCAUUUCGGUUUCGGACGUUUAUGGUGGAACCCACAGAUAUUUCACACAGGUUGCUAAAGCGCAUGGCGUGAAGGUUACAUUUACACCAGAGAUUGAGGUCGAUGUCGUGGAUCAUAUCACACCCGAGACAAAACUCAUUUGGAUUGAAACUCCUAGCAACCCAACUUUGCGACUUGUGGACAUCAGAGCCGUAGCUACAGCAGCACACGAACAUGGCAUAAUGGUUGUUGUUGAUAACACCUUCAUGAGUCCAUAUGUCCAACAACCAUUGGACCACGGAGCUGAUAUUGUUGUUCACUCUGUUACUAAAUACAUCAAUGGUCACUCCGAUGUAGUGAUGGGAGUAGCUGCUUUCAACUCCGACGCUAUGAAGGAAAGAUUGGGAUUCUUGCAAAAUGCCAUUGGUUGCAUCCCUUCAGCAUUCGACAGUUGGCUUGCUCACCGUGGCUUGAAGACAUUGCAUCUCCGAGCCAGAGAAGCUACAGUUAACGCAACAAUAGUAGCAAAGGCAUUGGAAGCUUCACCACACGUUAUUGCUGUCAACUAUCCUGGCUUGGACUCCCACCCACACCGAAAAAUUGCUCUUAAGCAACACAGAGAUGGCAUGGGAGGUGGUAUGCUUUCUUUCCGUAUCAAAGGAGGUUCCGCUGCAGCAGAAAAGUUUUGCCAAAUGACUGGCAUCUUCACAUUGGCCGAGAGUCUGGGAGGAGUCGAGAGUUUGGUUGAAGUUCCUAGCAGCAUGACCCAUGCCGGUAUUCCCAAAGCUCACCGAGAGGCCAUUGGUGUGUACGACGAUUUAGUCCGUAUCAGUUGCGGAGUUGAAGAUGCAGAGGAUCUGAAAGCGGAUGUUUUGCAAGCCUUGGAGAAAGCUGUUGUCUGGCCUAAAAUCUCUAACGGUCUACAAAACCACGCUUCUUAA